AUGGUCGACGAUGUGAUCAGCAAGGGCACUAGCCCUGAGUUUGGCAAAUCAUUAACUCACGUUGGACCAUCUUCUUGUGACCUCAGUCAUGGGUAUCAGGAGCCAAUCGGUAUGACAGUCUAUAAACGCCGCUUCAUGGGUGUUGCUCACCUGGCGCUCCUGAACAUCGUUGUCAGCUGGGGUUGGGUUACAUACCCAGCAGUCCCAGUAACCUCGGCGGUAUUCUUGAAUGUCAGUGUGAAUGCAAUCACUUGGCUUAGCACGGGCACUCUCUUCGCCUACUGUAUCAGUGCACCAUUCGUUUUCCAAACAGUAGAGCGUCUGGGGUUGAGAGGAUCCAACAUGAUCACCUCUGUACUCUUGCUAGUCGGGAAUUGGAUUCGUUAUGCAGGGACAGUCUCAGUGGUUAAGAACUAUGGAGUUGUUAUGUUUGGCCAAAUUAUCAUUGGCUUGGCUCAGCCGUUCUGUCUGUCAACACCCAGCAAGUUCAGUGAGAGCUGGUUUACGGACAAGGGCCGUACCAGUGCCACUGCGAUCGCCACUCUCGCCAAUCCGUUGGGCGCAGCUCUUGGGCAGUUUGCGAAUCCGUACCUCGCCAAAACGCCAGAUGACAUGCCCCGCAUGAUCCUGAUAAUUUCCAGCAUCUCCACGCUGGCCAUCAUGCCUUCCUUUUUCAUUCCGUCCAAGCCACCGACUCCACCUUCAACGGCUGCUGCAGUUGACCGAACAGGUCUGUUGGUUGCGCUCAAGGACGUAGCUAGAAAGCGAAACUUCUGGCUUCUCUCUUUGCCCUUCUCCAUCUACGUGGCACUAUUCAAUUCCACCAUCACCCUACUCAACCAAGCGGUUAUACCUUAUGGUGCCACCGAAGAAGAGGCAGGCAUCGCAGGCGGCAUUCUGAUUGGUGCUGGGCUUGUGGGAGCAGCUAUCCUCUCACCACUGAAUGAUAAGUUCAAAUGGUAUAUGGGCACCAUUCGGAGCUUCCUUCCUAUCACCUGUGCUAUGUACAUCGCGCUCAUCUUCACACCGGCCAGCGCGUUGGGCAUAUGGCCUACAUAUGUAGUCUGUGCAAUCCUGGGAUUUUCGUCAUUUAGCAUCCUUCCAGUCCUACUGGAGCUUCUGGCCGAAAUAACAUUUCCUCACUCCCCUGAAAUAGGCAGCACGAUCUCCUGGUUUGGUGGACAAAUAUUCGGCGCAGUCUUUAUUAUUGCUCAGUCUGCAAUGGUCGCUGGGCCCUCUGCUAAUCCGCCAUAUAACAUGCGUUGGUCUCUUACGUUUGCAGCGAUCUUGAGUGCCGUGUUCUUGCCAGCACCACUGCUACUGACUCUAGUUGACUCUGGGGCUCUACGCCGGCGGGAGCAGUGGCAUAACACAAGUCUCGAAACUGCCAGGGAUUCCGCUUGA